UAAAAGAUAGUAUCUGUAAAAUGAUUCGAUUUCAAAGGACUUAAAGGAUUUUAUGUAGACUAAAUGCUUUUCGUUUUGACAGAUAGAAUAAAUAAGGAGAUAAUCAUCUAAAUUUAAUGUGCAAGAAUAAAUAAGGAGAUAAUUAUCUUAAUUUAAUCUGCAAUUUAGAGGUCAGAUAUGGAAGAACUUAAGAAUAUAUCUAGAAAUCAAAUCUGUGAGGACAUAUUAGCCAAAUUCGCCGAGUCUUCUUCUUCUUCAGCCUUGAAUUUUAGACAGGACCUGUCAAAUACUAUACCACGACCUUCUUAUUCGAAAACACCUAGGCCUAUCAGUGAAAUAUCAGCGAUAAUUUCUAGACGUCACGAGACGUAUAAAAAGGAGUAUGAUUUACACAAACGUCAGUGGAGAAUUCGGUCCCCAGACUUAUCAGUGAUUGACAAAACUGUUGGAAAAACUUCACAAAGAGAACGUCCCUUGUCUGAAAUUGCCGUACCAAACGAGUGGAAGAGAAAAACGUGGGAUGUGUCUGCCAUUGGUCACCAACCACUGCCUCCCUCCGAGGAAAAACCAAACAGACGUAGACCAAAACCGCCGUAUGCAAAAAUUGAAAAAGACGAAAUGGAUCAACAGCCAAUAUUGAAAAGGCAGUUUGAUGACAUGAAGCGCGAAUUAGUUCAAACAGACAGUUAUGCUGGGUCAUCCUCAAAUACUGACACUUUAACUCAAAGUUUAUUCUUACCAGUUAGUGAAGAUACACAAUCCACGUCAACCACACGUAAAAAAGCCAGAAGGUCCGAUAAAUUCAGAUCGCAAGAUAAACAGUCAAAGAAAAGAAAAGGUCGUCCAAUGUCAGAAAAUUACCAUCCAACAUGGGAUUCUUACAUGGUUGCGCGUGCAGAGUUAUCUGCUCCUGGCUGGGGAUCCCGGACGCUUGACAAGCGCUUUCUGGAGCUAGCAGCGCGGGAAAUUUUAGAUUUAGAUGUGAGUCGAGCGAAUUCAGAGAUACACUCCAAGUACUCAGCCAAGUACAGAAGCACUCCGGACCUUCGAACGAGACUCAGCGCAAAUUCACCUUUCCUGCCGAAGGCAUCGAGCGAAGAGUGCCUGAAAUGCUUGCUGAAAAUACCUCACAAGAAGUGCGAGUCGCACAAGUAUAUCAGAGUGGGUGGGGGAUACAGACAUGGCUACUGGUAUGUCAAGUGUUUGCUGGAGGAGUUAGAGCUUCAGAGACAGAGAGAGCUUAUUGCAAAGCAAAGACUUGAAGCUAUCAAAGAAAAGUCUGUGCGAGCAAUUAAAACAUAUAUCAGAACAAAGAGUGGCCGCCUGGUGGAGAGAAUAAUCUUCAUGACAGAGGAGGAUUACGAAGCUUUCAAAUCGGGCAAAGGUGCUGCCGAUAUUCUUAAGAAAUACCUCACAAAAGACGAAGCGGCUGGUCUUGAGUCCUGGGAUAAAGAUGAGGUUAAGGCAAUUAAGACAUAUGUACGAACAAAGAGUGGACGGCUUGUUGAGAAAGUUGUUUAUGUGUCUAAAGAAGAUUAUGAUGCAAUUACACAGGGGAAAGUAGAUGCAAAAGAUUUAUUGAAAAAAUAUGUAAAAGAAGGUGAAACGGUAGAAGGAUGGGAUGAAGCAAAAAUGAAAACAAUUAAAACAUAUGUUCGUACAAAGAGUGGAAGGCUUAUUGAAAAGACUAUUAUGAUAUCACAAGAAGACUAUGACAAAAUGAUAAAAGAAGGAAUGGAUCCAAAUGAAAUUAUUAAAAAGUAUCUACCUUUAGAGGAAGGACAGACAGUAGAGGGUUGGGAAAGUGAAGAACCCAUGAAAGCCAUUAAAAUGAAAGUAAGAACUAAGAGUGGUAGAAUUAUUGAAAAGACAAUAAUGGUACGCGCGGAUGAAUACGAUAGAUUGAUGGCAGGUGGUGCAGAUAUGAACGAAAUUCUCGGUAAAUAUUUAGGCGAGGAGGGUGGUACAAUUGAAGGUUGGGAGAAGACCGAAGGUAAACCUAUGAAGGUCAUUAAGACACUAGUCAGAACAAAAAGUGGACGAUUAAUUGAGAAAACUGUUAUGUUGACAGAAGAAGAAUACCGAGCGUUCCAAGAGGCCGGAGGAGAUCCUGAAUUCUUGAAAAAGUUCAUGAAACUGGAGAAAGGAGAAGUGAUUGAAGACUGGGAGAAAGCCUCCACAGUUUAUGAUGACGAUGAUCCAGAAUUAGCCACAGCUAUAGCAGGACAGAGAAUUGUUGGUAAGGAUGGAGCAGUAUAUGAAGUAGUGGUUGAUCCUCUCACUGGCAAAAAGUAUAAAAAAAAAAUUGGGGGCCCUGAAUCGGAUUUCGACAGCGGUAUUGCUUCCAUGCAGAAAGGUAAAAAGGGCAAGAAAGGUAAAGGCGGUGUUGAUGAAGAGGAAACAGCUGAACAACGCAUGCGUAGAAAAGCUGGCAAACGUGACGCUGACAGUGACAGUGACUAUAGUUAUAAAAGUUUUGUAAGCGCAGGAGGAACGCGACACGUGCAGCGGCGUCGUAAACGCGCUGACGGCACAUACAGUGAUGCCGAAUCUUACCAUAGUAGUCAGGACGGAGAAGGGGCUGCUCGACGUCGGCGCCGUCGCCGUGAACGCGAGCAUCAGAAUAGUGCUCAUAGUUAUUACAGUGUGGUAAGUGAAGGUGGCACAAGACAUGUACGUCGUCGUCGCAAACGUGCAGACGGAACUUACAGUGAUAGUGAAAGCUAUCAUAGUGCAGACAGUGAUAAACCAGGCGGUAGACUCGCUGAAAAGAAACGUAAAGAAAAGGAAGCCAAAGAGGCAAAAACAAAAGUAGGUAAAGAUGGUAAAAUCAGAAAGAAGCGAGGUGGUAGUGGUAGUGAUUAUAGUUACACCAGUGAAAUAAGUGAAGGUGGGACUAGACGAGUUACAAGAAAAAAGAAGAUUAGAGAUGCACAGGGUAAUGUUAUUGGGUAUGGAAAAGCGGAGAGCUUUGAGGAAUCUGAUGAAGAAAGUGUAUACACGGAGGUUUCUGACGGAAAAGGUGGUAAAAUGCUUGUAAAGAAACCAAAAUUGACAAGUAAACAAAAGCAAGAAGCAAAAAUUAAAGCAAAAGCCGGAGCGAAAGCGAAGGAACAAAUUGGUAAAAUAAAAGGCGGGAAAUUUGCUGAUGUAGGUGACUUUAGCGAUUCUACUAUAUCCGAGGAUGUAGAUCUAGAAAAUAUGACAGAGGAAGAAAAGGCAGCUUACUUUAAGGCUAAGGCUGAGCGCAAGGCAGCGAGGGAACAAAGAAGAAGGGAGAAAUAUGGAGACAAAUAUGACCUGAUGAUGGAAAAACAGAAGGAGCUGAAGAAGCUUAAGAAACUUCAAGAACUCCGAGAGAAGGGAAUGAUAAGUCCAUCAAGUGAUUGGUCAAUUGAUUCUGAUACUGGGGAGCCCGUGAGGAAAUCUGUGAAAAAAGAGGCAAAGAAACAGAAGAUUUUACAAGAUCUAAGAGAGAAGGGCCUUAUCAGUCCAUCAAGUGACUGGACCGUAGACAGUGAGGGCAAUCCAGUCAGAAUAAGUGAACUCGUAGCUCAAGGUAAACGGAAGAAGAAAAAGGACGGCAACGAUGCUGACGACGAGAGCGAUGAAAGUGAAUACGACCCAAUAACUGGGGAGAAAAUAAAGAAAAAAGACAAGAAGAAGACUACUAGACCAGGCGAUGAAGGCCCAGAUGGUUAUGAAUAUACAUACGAUGAACAAGGGCGAGUAAUAGGAAAGAAACGAUUACCGGGAUGGGGUAGUGAUAGUGGAUCCGAAUACGAAUAUGAGUACGAUAAGGAUGGUAAUGUUAGAGUCGUCAAAAAACAGAAAGAACCAAAGAAGUUUGGAGGGGAUGAUGAUGAUGCUCAGUUUGAAGUUGGUGCCGACGGUAAGAUACGCUUACGUGAUGGAAAAAAGAAAAUAGAUCUUUCUAAACUUACUGACGACGAUCUGAGGAAACUUGGCAUAGACCCGACAUUGGACAAAAAAGAGAUUGCGAGAUUGUUAAAGGAAAAGUUUGGAAACGACAUCUCGAUAACUGAUAAUGAUAAAAUAAUUCCAACUAAACGGGCGAGUGAAUAUGGAAGCGAUGCUAAUACUGACGAUUUAGCCGACGAUGAGGAUCUUGACGUCAGUACAUUGCGUGGAAUAAAGAAGGUGAACGUUGUCUGGAAGAGAGGUGGCAAGAAACUACAAGACCACAUGAAGAAAAUUCUUGAACAGAGCAAGCUAAAAGAAGACGAUUAUGCUAAAGAUCUCGAUGAAAAAGAUGCUGACAUUGACUUCCUGACACACUACAAGCUGGUUGAUCCUGGUUUGAUAGAGUCUUACGCAAGAGCGUUCGUUGUUGAAGAUGACGAUUUUGACACUGUCAUUUCUGCAAAGGAAACGAAGACAGCGCUUGAAGGAGUACCAAGUGUCCAACAAAUGACACCUAAGCAGUUUGAAUACGUAUUUAAGGUACUCAAAAUAGAUGAUGCCUCGCAGGUGACAUUUAGAAUGUUUGCAGUCAUUUCAGCACUUUGUGAGCGAGUAACAAAAAUGGAUCCGCUUAGCAAAUAUUUAUUAGAAGUAAGUGAUCUCUUGGAUAUUCAGAGGAAAAUGGACCUGUACAGAGCCAUGUUUUACUGCAAUUCAGAGUCGGAUAGAGAUGCCAAUUUUAUUAAGUGUGAAUCACUGCGAAUUGAAUUAAUCGCAGGAGGUCUAAACUGGAAGCAACAAAAUUUUAUAAUGGAUAGAUUACAGCCAAAUGCUUUCCUGGAGAUUUCUUUUCUGGAUUACCUGUGCUACGUGCCAUUAUUUUUGUCAAUGCAUGAGAAUAUUGUAACAAAUCCCUUGGAUAUGGCUGAUGAUAAGUAUGACCACAUGCUACGCAAACCAUCUGGAGGUCAUAGACAAAGGGAUAUGAAUCCACUCGGUAAUCAUUUAAAAAGAGAUUCAGUAUUCCAACUACGCGGUCAGGCCCAGGAUUUACUCGAUGGAAAGAUUAACCCGCAGGACUUGAAGGAUGAGAAAAGAAAACUUCUAGAAAAAGUUGCCACAUUACCAAAACUGAUAGAAGAGAAACCAAUAGAAAUAAAAUCAGAUAGUCCUCCACCAAUGAUUUGGUCUUGACCCUAACUAUAUGUAGAGAGACCAAGUCUACUAUUCAUCUUACAGCCGUGCUGCAUGAUGUUCACAUCAGUUAGAUGGUGGCCAUAAAACUGUCUUUCAUAAUUUGUUUCCCUUCACAUAUCUCUGUUUUUAGUUGAUAAUAUCUGUUUAAUUGACUUUAAUAAACAUCCUAUAAACGUUUCCUGACAACCCAAUACCUUCUUAAAGCUUAACCUUUAGCCUGCUGGCGGCAAGUGGUUCUGCCUUUGCGACCAGUGCAGACCAAGAUCAGCCUGCACAUCCGUGCAGUCUGAUCAUGGUCUGCACUGUUCGCUAUUCAGUCAAUAAAUUUUCAGUGAACACCCCCUUGAAUGAUAAGUGGUACUGCCCAAAUUGAAUGAUGGACCAGUCCAUUUUAGAAAUUUAGCGUGCUAAGGGUUAAAAACGAAGUAUAAUUAGAAUUCCUCUUAUAUAUACGCAUGGUGGUAUUUUUAGAAACAUUGUUUCAUGCAUUAAACUUUCAAAAUAUAAUCGGAUACUAGUACCAAUCGCCUUAUUUAAUUUACUGGAUGAGGAAAGAUUUUGUUUUCUAAACUAAGUUGCAAAACCAUGUUUUGGUCACCUUCUCAAUUUUUCAUUAUUUAAUUACUAAGUUCCAAUUCGAACUUUUCUCUUAGAGUGACUAAAACGUUACGAUUAUAUUGUAAUGAUAUGUGUAAAUGCGAGUAUUUGUGGGAACAUUGCUAUUUUCAUAUAACAUUCAGUGUUAUUACAAAAAUAGUUGUUAUCAAAGAAAUUUCAUGGCAGUGGAUUUUAAACAUGAUGUAUCAAAGACGUUAAGAGACAAGGCUGCUAUUAUAUGGAGUGCGUGUAUUUGGUGCUGAUUCAUGUCCAGGAGUUUCUAUAGUUUGGUCGGAGCUUGCUUAUGUAUAAUUGUACAAUAUUGAUAUACUGACCCUUUGUCCAAAAUGAGUAUAUGAGUUUUUUGUGCCUGUCAGUUUACACAUUAGAUAUGUAUUUUUAUCCAGUAUGUGCCAACAGUUGUAUAGAAUUCUAGACUACCUUUUGUUUGUAUAUAUUUGCGUUAGUUGACACUGCAUAUCUUGUGUGAAUAAAGUAUAUGAAGAAAAAACAUGCGUUCACUUUACUUGCAUAGG